UGCAGAUAAGACUGAUUGCCAGAGAUAAGGGUGUAUAAAGACCAACUUUAACCAGUGCUCAGUUCAUUCUGGAGCAUUCUGUGUUUGUGUUGCCUCCUAAAGCAGCAGUGCCCAGAGAAGCUGACAUGUACUUAUUACCGUCUUUGAUGCUCCUGACUUUCCUUGCCCUCCUGCCGCAUCAUGGAUUAGGAGGGCAAGCAGGGACUGCAACUGAUCCAAGAAACCACAUUGAAAAUUCUUCCUUGGAUUCCAGCCUUGCUUCUCUCCGCGCUUUGCUCACUUCUGUCUCUUCUAAUUCCAUGAAGUUGCCUGAAAAGGUUUCGUGCAGCGACUUAAUGCCUGAUACCCUCGAACAUUUUGACAGCGUGCCUCAACCAGCCCAGAUUAUGAUUCAAGCUACCCUGGUGCUUGCCUUGCAAAAUGCCGGCUGUAGCCACCAUGCCGAAACCCUUGGCCUAGGGCUCUACCAGGAACUGGGGCAGAAAGAUGCAAGUGACCUCCUGUUGACAAUGAUAAUGAUCCUGGACACAGCUAAACCUACAGGUGAAAAUACAAGCUUUGCUGCCCUACAGUUCAAUUUGGACCAGUUAGCCCAGAAACAAACUUUCCACUGCCGAGGCCUGAUGCAGGUCGAUAGAGCUCUCCUCCAUGGCCAGGUGUACCGUGAAUAUAAGUGGUUUCCAACAGCUGCUGACGCCUGUCACCGUUUAGGGAAUGUUUGUGGAGGAGUUAUCACCAACGGCAGCAGUUCCUUCCAAGUGGUGCUUAGAAAUGGCAGCUACUUCUGGCCACAGCAUGGUUCUCAUUCCUGGCUUCAUGAAUGUUACACUCAGGCACGCAUGCGACGUUCAUCACUAGAACACUGUGUAAAUGUAACAGAUCAAAGGGCACACAAGAUUGUGGGGUUCAUACCUGGAGUCAGCACUCUAUAUAACUUUGCAACCAGCAUAUACUACUAUACUCAAGACUGCAUUGACUUGGCCAAGAAGCGUGCUCAAGAGGGGGCCAUUGACCUGGGUUUUGAUGCCUUGGUUGCUCUCACUGGUGGGGCUGCGACUCCCUUAAGGAUGGGGGUUGCUAUAGCAGUGAAACCAGUGUUCAUAAAAGGGGCAGAGGCUCUAAUUGACAAUUUUCAAAAGGAAGAGCAACCACCGUAUCCAGUCCCCACCAAUGUCAGUGAUUCAAACAUCAAAACCUAAUCCAAGCAUUCUCAAACUUUGCUACAAUCACAUACCGGUAAAUAUAAUAAAUGAGUAGGUACAACCCAUCCAAUAAAAUUUCUGAUUUGAUUCUGUUGGAGUUAAGUCUGAGCAAGAAAUAAAAGUAUCUCUGAAAUAAUUAAAUUUUAA